UGAAAUUAGUUAUCCAGAUCCAACGGGGACAGAACAGCGUCUGCACAUUAUUUUACGUUUUUAUCGAAAUUGAUAUUUGACUGGUCAAUCAAAAUGCGGAUCUCUGCGUUGCUUUUUGUUCUCGUUUCGGCAGCCGUUGCCAAUGCGGCAUUUACCGGCUCCUUGAAUCAAGAUGCCCAUUUGCUUCUGACCAAAGCCAUCCGACAAACGAGGACCGCUGCAAACAUUGCCGGACUGCGCAACCGGAAUGUGGCAUUAAGCGAACUGCAAAACCAACUGCUGAAUACUAUACAAAGUCAUGCCGAAAAUGUCGUGGCGGAGAUUUCAACGGCCAUCCAAGCCGGUCAAACGGCGGCAGAACAAAUAGCUGCUUUGAUUCAAAAUGCUUUGGUCCAGUUGCAGUCCUUGGGUGAAAAUAUCGCCGCUCAUGGUCAACAGCUUCUGCAAGAUCUUUUCAACAAUCUGUUAACCCAAAAUGCACCAUCAAUGCACUUUCAGCGCGCACGUGUCCUCGUUGUUGAUUUGGAUCUGCAGGCUCUUUUCGAGCAGGCACUGCUGGAAUAUCUACAUGCAGUCGGUAUUCCCGAGAACCAGUUGCAAAUCGUAAUAACAGAGGUUAUGCAGAACUUUGGUUUCACGGUUGAAACGCGUGGAGUUUUCGAUGGUUUGGGACAUCUGGCUCAAGUGCUGUCCAAUCUGCUCACAUUGGCUCAGUCUACCGCAGGAAACACUUUUGUCGCCGUGCAAACUCUGGUUCAAAGCUUCCUGAGCAGCGCACAGGCCGCCGGUGAAGCAGCUGUCAGUGCCGCUGCCGCGCAACUGCUCGAUCUUCUCAAACCAGUCCAGAAUGCGCUGGGGCCCAUUUAUACUGAAGUACAGAAUGUCAUCAAUCAAAUCCUCACCGGACGACCUUCCACGAGUCAAUUACAGCAAAAUGCUAAUCAGAAAAGCUUGUCCGAGUUGACAAGCAUUUUGUCGCAGUUGGUCGGCCUGGUUGGUGCAACAGCCGAUAACACACAUGUGGCAGUACACACCUUAGUGCGGGGAUUUCUGAGCAGCAUGGCGGCCGCCGGUGGAAUGGCCAUGGACGCAGCUGGUCAACUCUUACUGAACUUCUUGUAUCCGUUUAAAUGGCUCCUGGGUACGAUUUAUGACCAGGUGGAAAGUGCGGUCACAUCCAUUCUGGGUGGUGGUCGACAGUUGAUCAUCCCACCAGUUAUCGGAUCCAACAACGAUUUGCCUAGCACACUGGAGGUUUUGCGCUUUCUAGCCCUGAUCGAACCGAACAAUGUCCUGGCCGAAUCCAUCGUUGCUUUGACGGUGGGGCAGACAGUCCAGAGCUUUGUCGACAAAGCAGUCGCUGCCGACAUCUAUUCUUCCACCGAAAGCGCUGCACAAGCUCUCCUUGAUUACCUUGUUCCGUUCCAAACCGAACUAGGAAAGGUCUACGACUUUGCUGUGGCUCUAACCGGUUCACUGUAUCUACCCAGCGCUCUUGCUGGCAAAUCUGACCUCGAAAAGGGCAUCAUCAGUGGCAUUACCAACAUGGCCAACGUAGUAUCAACUUUAAUCGGAUUAGCCCAAUCUACCGCUGGAAAUACUCAUGUGGCUGUACAAAGUAUUAUCCAACAGUUUUUAAGCACCGCUAUGAAUGCUGGCGAAGCUGCUGUGAGCGUUGCCGCUUCCCAACUUCUCAACUUCAUCCGACCUUUUCAAAAUUUAUUGGGCGGUGUGUACACUGAAGUACAGAAUGCGAUUAACCAAUUCCUAUCAGGCACUGGACUGGGUGGUGCAAGUAAACUAGAACGCCAUGUCCAGCCUCGAGGAUUUUCCGACUUCUCCAGCAUUUUGUCGCAGCUGAUUGGAAUUAUGGGCUCCACAGCUGGAAAUACUGCCGUCGCCGUUCAGAAUUUGGUGCAAGGUUUCAUCAGCAACAUGGUUGCUGCCGGUGGAAUGGCUGCGAAUGCUGCUGGCCAACUUUUACUGGACUUCUUGUCACCGUUUCAGUGGAUGCUGGGAUCAGUCUACGAUCUCGUGGAAAGUGCCGUUUUAUCCAUUUUGACCAAGGAUGGGCGCCGAUCGUGGAUUAUCAGCAACACGGGUUCCAAUGGCGAUCUGCAAAGUACACUCGACAUUCUCUCCAUCAUUGCCGCCGCUCAGCAUGGUCAACUGACGUCAGAUUUCCUUGUGGAGGCCACGAUCGUCACCACUAUAGCGCGAACCGUCCAGAAUUUCGUAUCGUGGUCAAUAGCAACAAACACCCAUCCAUCCGCAGAAAGUGCUGCACAAGCCCUUCUGGACGCUAUUGCGCCUCUUCAAGAUGAACUCAAAGAGGUGUACGAUUGGACUGCGCUUGUCAUUCAAAUUCAGUACUUCCCUAACGCCGUGUCCACCAGAUCUGUUUCGCAUGAAAAGGGCAUCAUCGGCAACCUUGCAAAUAUUCUGUCGACUUUAAUCGGAAUGGCUACAUCCACGGCCGGGAACACACAUGUGGCUGUGCAUACAUUAGUGCAACAGUUUCUCAGUACUGCCGUUGGAGCCGGACAAGCAGCUGCGCAGGCCGCUGGUAACACAUUGCUGAACUUCAUCCGACCUUUCCAAAGCAUCCUGGGUGGUAUUUACGAGCAAGUUGUGCAGGCCGUGGCGGAUAUCGUGGGCAACACCCCGGCACUUGAAAUCUAAAAACCUCUAGAAUUACAAAGAAGUUAUAAAAGUGUUAGUAUAGCAGUUCUAUCGACACUGCCCAGCGUCGAUUACCGUGAUUUCAUCGAGACUGAUUUGCGCUGCUGUCUUGACGUCAUGGGGUUCACAAAAAAUAACUGCUAGAACACUGAUGUUGAAAA